AUGGUAUUAAAACGAGGACCAGUAGACUUUAAAGAAAAGUGGAAUGAAUUAAAAGAAACUAUUAAUGGUAUCUUAAGACAAGACAGAAUUCCUAGGGAUGAAUGGCAUACACGUUUCAAUGACAUUUACGCUAUGUGCGGAGCUCAACCGGAAUCUCAUGAGCAUAGACUUUAUGAAUCAACAAAGUCGUUAUUAGAGGAACAUGUAACUAAAAUAUUUUCUACUAUUAAAACCGAAGAUACUGAAAAUUUGUUACAAGAUUAUAAUAAUAAAUGGCAGAAUUAUAGAAAAAGUGUUGAUCAUUUAAAUUCACUGUACCAGUACUUAAAUAUGGGAAAUGUUUCGAAAAAACAAGUACUCGAAUUGUAUAAUAUACAACCUGAUCCAAACGAACCUCAACAUUUGAUGAUCGGAGAACUGGGACUUUGCAUAUGGAAACACAAUAUGAUUGUACCACUAAAAAACAGUUUGCCCAAAUUGUUAUUGGAUGAGAUUGAAAAAUCAAGACAUAACAUAGCUGUAACCACAUCUUUGGAUAUAAUUACUAAUGUUCUUAACUCAUUUGUCGAAGUCGAAAAUUUCAAUAAAUCUUCGUUUAAAUUUUAUCAAAGUUAUUUCGAGAGAACUUUUUUGGAGAAAUCUAGUGAAUAUUUUAAAUUAGAAGCUUCAAAAUUAGUAAAAAAAUGCACAGCGUCUCAGUAUAUAGUUGAAGCCACACAACUAUUGGAAAAAGAAGAAUUUUUAUUGAAAACAUAUUUUCAUGACAGUACAAAUAAAAGAUUUCAAAAAAGGUUUUGUCAAGAUAUGGUUGUUGAUCAUUUAUGUUUUUUACAUAAAGAGUUUGAAGUGAUUAUAAAAGAAGAGCGACUUGAUGAUAUGCACAAUAUGUAUUUACUUAUACGUGAAGUUAAAGAUGAAUUCACUGUAUUAGCUAAUAUUUUCAGAGAACACAUACAACAACAUGGAAUUAUGGUUAUAAAAUCUUUAAAAAAACAUCAAAUAUGUAUACACUUUGUUGAGGACUUAUUGAAUCUAUAUAAAAAAUAUGAAUUUAUAGUCAUAAAUAAGUUCAACAAUGAUUUUUUAAUCAGUGAAGCUUUUGAUAAAGCAUUUUCAACAAUCAUAAAUUAUAAACUAGUAGAAAAUCAACCAUCAAAGUCCUCUGAAUAUUUAUCAAAAUAUUGUGAUAAAUUACUAAAAAAAUCGUAUAAAGGCGUAUCUGAGGCUGACAUUGAUCACAAACUAUCACAGGUUAUUAAAAUAUUUACUUAUAUAGAUGAUAAAGACUUAUUUCACAAAAUCUAUCAAAGAGAUCUGACCAAACGAUUAAUAUUUCAAACAACUCAUUCCAUAGACGGAGAAGAAGCAAUGAUCAUCAGAUUAAAACAAUCUAAUGGUUACGAUUUUAUAAAUAAAUUACACCGAAUGUUCACGGAUAUCAGAAUAUCAGAAGAGCUAAAUACACAAUUUCAUAAUGAAUUUCUUAAAGAAGCCAAAUUAGAUAAUUUAAAUUCCUCUUUUUCUGCGUUUGUAUUACAAACUGGAGCUUGGCCUUUGUCAUUACCAACUGAUUCAUCAAUUGUUAUUCCUAAACAAAUAAUGGCUUGCGUACAAAAUUUCGAAUUGUUUUAUGGUGAAAAAUUUAGUGGACGGAAAUUGACAUGGCUUCAUCACCAGUCUCAGGGCGUGUUAAAAUUGAAUUAUUUACAAAAACCGUAUAUUGUGACACUGAAGAUGUUUCAAAUGUCAAUCAUGUUACUAUUUGAAGACUGUGACACAUUGAAGUACUCUGAAAUUAACGAUAUACUUAAAUUAAACAAAGAUCAAUUUAAAAGACACAUCGAUAGCUUAAUAGAAUGUAAAUUAUUAUUGCUAGAUGGUGAUAAUGUAACGUUGAACAUGGAAUUUACCAAUAAACGUACAAAAUUGCAUGUAACAUCGGCUGUCCAAAAAGAUCUACCUCAAGAAAUUCAACGCACUGUAAAUUCUAUCAAAGAAGAUCGUAAAAUAUAUUUACAGGCUACUAUUACUCGAAUAAUGAAAGUGCGUAAAAUAUUGAAACAUACUCAACUUGUGAAUGAGAUAUUUUCCCAAUCAAAUUUAUUUGUUCCAUCCACUGUACUUAUAAAAAGAGUCAUCGAGAUAUUAAUUGAUAAAGGAUAUAUAUCACGCACUCCAAAUGUAUCUGAUGAAUACUACUAUAUUGCCUAA